GCUAGUGUGGAAACAAAAUAUAGGUAAGCUUUAAUCCACAAACACGCAAUCAAAACUAAGUUUGAAACAGACAAAUAAUUCAUAUAUUAUAUAUGUUUGUGAAUCAGCAGUGUAAUCGUUGUGAUGAAAUAUUCAUGUAUUAAUCAAUGUACAUAAACAUACUGAGCAGUAGAACAUUUUAAGUGACUGCGCUUGAAACCAUCCUUAGCGUAGAACUAAUAUGAAAAUUAUCGUACUGCUAUCAACAUUAUUAAGCGUGACGAUCGCUAGAAGAAUAUCAUGCCACGCUUGUUUGAAUUCAAUUUGCUACAAACGAGCAACGAUUUUAAAAGGUUACAAAUUCUCCGGUCAAUUAGCGAUAGAUAGAAAUAGUAACGUACUUUAUUUUCACUAUCAAAAUAAUCGCUCAAGAGACUUCACUGGGUCAUUCGAUUUGGACGAAGUCAAGUUCAGUGUUAUACCCAACCUUGGUUUCACAUUCGGCUACGCUGUCGACCAAUCCACGAAGGAUCUUUACACGUCAGGAACAAAAGGAAUAUAUAAGUACAACCCUAAAGAAAACAAAACAGAAUUAUUCGGACUAAAAGAUAAAACUAUAUGGCAUAUGCAGUAUGAUGAUAAAUUAUAUUACAGCGAAUUCCAAAAGAAAGGUUUAUAUACAUAUAUAAAUAAGAAUUCUAAAAAUAUUCCCGAAUUAACGGCACACCAAAUCGAUGAUUUUAUUGUUGAUAAACAAGGCGAUAUAUAUUUUAUGAGCAAUUAUUCUAUUCUAGUGUUGAGAAAAGGCGCGAAAACUCCAGUACUGUUUGAAGAUGAAAUAUAUUCGCUGACCACAGAUAAAGAUGGCAAUGCUUACUUCAUUCAGCCAUACACAAGAGGCAUUCAUAGUGUUAACUACAGAACUAAAAAGUUAAGUGAAGUUGGUGCGUUGAAAACUUCAGCGGUCAAAUUAGUGUUUGAUGGAGACAAUCAUAUAAUUUAUUAUGAUGCGACUAAUAAAAAUUUAUUUUAUCUGUCGCCCACGUUGAAUAUUUGUAGUGUUGGGACGAGAGGUAAACAUCGUAAAAUGUUUAUUGCGACUACGUCUCGGAGUUACAAAAAUCAUAAAAAGAACAAUUUGUCAACCGUCAAAAAUAUUACUAAAAUAAUAUAAAUAGUAAGAAAUUAUA